CCUCGAGGCAGCGGAAGAGUGUCGUGUUCAUUUCCGUGUAGUAGCUUUUCUUGCUCGCCGAGUGGUCACUUGUUGCCCUCCCCUCGUUCGUUUCGCCUUACGCCGUAACAUUUGGCAACUUCAUAAAAUCGACAAGUGCGAGCUGAGGGCAAGUGACGGCACGGGAAGAGCGAGGACUCAGGAAGUUGUUUGUACCAAACAGGCGGCGGGAUGAUCAACGCGACUUCACGAAUCAACUGCACUCCCUCCCACCCGCCGCCAACUCAACCUCUCCAGAACACUAUCCAGCUCCCCAUGCUCGGUCCGCUGGGUCCUCCGCCCAACCGAGGUCCACUCCAGAAUCAGCCUCCACAGCAACAGCAGCAGCAGCCGCUCCCUCAACAACAACAGGGCCCUCAGCAGUCCGAGAUACCCCCUCCGCCCCAGAGUGGCCAGGACUUCACCCUCUCCAACGUCCUCCACUUCCUGCAGACAGAAUGGCGGCGCUACGAGCGCGACCGCAACGAGUGGGAGAUUGAGCGUGCAGAAAUGCGGGCACGGAUAGCCCUGCUGGAGGGCGAGCGGCGCUCGUUCGACAAUGUCAAGCUCGAUCUCAUGCGCCGUAUCAAAAUGCUGGAAUACGCCCUCCGUGUCGAGCGCUCGAAACAGCUCGCCCAGCCAACUUCCCAGGCGGUACCGAGCGCGAAACUCGCGACGUUGCAAGCCCACUUGGGCCAGACCUCACAAAAAGAUGAUGCUUACAGUCAUAAGGAGGGAAGCAGCGGCAGUUCGCCUCGCAGCGAAGACUCUCCGCUGCCACCAGAUCGCAUGUCCACUAGCUCAGUCAACGGUGCUGCGGCUGGAGCUCCCUCAAGUAGGACUCAGAACUGGAUAGGCAGUGUGUCGUCCAUUCCUAAUGGUACUGGCCCAGCAGCACUCGGGACGAUGGGAAGGCCCCCUCCCGGACGCGAUCCGAAGAGCAGAGCGCGAAGUAGGGACUAUUUGAAGCAAUGUCUACAAGAGGUGUCAUAUCUAACUUCUCCGCAAGCCGCAAACCCUCUACCUAAUCGUCCUCUUCUGAACAACACCACGCUCCCUCUCCAAAUGCCCAAUGUCCCGUUCGAACAAUUGUACAACGGGCGCCCACGGAAGCUCAUGCCUGAAGUGGGCAAGGACUUUUCCAUAUUGAAUGGCAUCGGAAUGGCUACAGGUCCUGCAUCUGCUCCGGCUGGCCCGCAGAGCAAUCCUAUGGAGCGAGCCAACUUGGCGGGUGCCAGCCUGAUGGGAUCACAACCGGGCGCUCCUACUCCGCUGAGCCAACAAAUACAGCAGCAGCAAAGCCAGACCGGACAGCAGUCACAGAUGGGGCAGCUGUCUAUGCAAGCCGGAGAGAGCAAGGAGAAGGAGGCUGACGGUGAGCCUCAGCAGCUCGCGACUGCAAUCUUCCGUCCGGGCGAGGACUGGAGAGAGAAGCUGCGGCUGUCACAUGAGGCGGCGGAGCAGGCAAGGGGUGAGCAGUCCGGGUCAACAGGCGUUCCGAUCAGCGGGGCUGCAUCAUGGGAGCGACGGAAUCGUGACGAGGAUGAUGAAGGGAAGGAGGAGGAGCCGGAUGUGGAGGACGAGGAGUCGAGUGUGAUUGGCGAGGGCGAGGGCGCGAAGGUGUGGAAGGCGAAACGAACGCUGCGGAAUCACCUGGACGCUGUGCGUGCGCUCGCGUUCCACCCUUCCGAGCUGUGCCUUGCCACGGGCGGAGACGACAACACAGUGAAGAUCUGGCGGGUCGACGUCACCGGCCUUGCGUCGUCUGCCUCGCGGCCCACAACGGAGGUCGAGCCACAGCUCACGCUUCGCGGGCACUCGGCUGCAAUAACGCGCCUCGUGCAUGCGCCGUCGAAGCAACUGCUUUAUUCGGCGUCGCUGGAUUCGUCGAUCCGGAUAUGGGCGUUACCGCCCGCAUCGCACACGACGUACGCGCCGUAUGAUGCGACGCGCGCACGGGGCGAGCUCGUCGGGCACACGGACGCGGUGUGGGAUCUCGCGCUCGUGCGCGACGAAAGCACGCUGAUCAGCUGCGGCGCGGAGGGCGCGGUGAAGGUGUGGGAUGUGAGCGGGCCAUCGGGCGGUGGAUCGUUGAGGCUGACGUGGGGGUAUGACGGGUUAGAGGCACAGGGCGAGACACCCAGUACGGGGGAGGCGCCCGGGGCGAGCGCGGUGGAGGCGAUCAAGACUGAUCUCAAGAAGGUCGCGGUGGCCUACCAGAAUGCGGUGGUUAAGAUCUUUGACGUUGAGAACGGGAAGGAGCUGAUGCGACUGCAGACUGAACCUGCUGAGGAAGGUGUGGUGUCCGCACAAGCGAACAGCAUCGUAUCGCACCCCACGAUGCCGCUGCUCAUUACCGGACACGAGGACAAGCACAUCCGGAUCUUCGACAUCUUGACAGGACAAUGCACGCAUUCGAUGCUGGCCCACUUGGAUGGUGUGACAUCGCUGUCGAUCGAUGCAGCGGGCUUUUCGCUGGUGUCGGGGAGCCAUGACUGCUCGGUGCGCUUUUGGGAUAUCUUGGGCUCCAAGGCAUGCGUGCAGGAGAUCACGAGCCACCGAGAAAAGGCGCGCGAGGGCGUGCUGGAUGUCGAGUUCCACCCGACGCUACCAAUCAUGGCGAGCGCGGGCGCGGACGGUGUGGUCAAGUUGUAUGCUUCGUCGUAAUCCGAUACCUGUUGUUUCGCCGUUGUCUCUCAUUCGCACAGUUUUGUCGUGUUGUUUGCAAGCUCACAAUGCAUCGUUCAGUCGCGCUCGGGGGAGUUGGCACGCGGUGUUCGUCGCGUUCGGAAGUUUGGUCUGUAAUAUUCGCUGUCUGAUUUAUGGUUCCUACAUACCCGCUACGGCCUAAUGACAACAUUUUCCUUCCUCAUUCGUUGCAUGCAAAUGGCUGCGCGCCUGAUGGGAUGGUCGGGUGACUGCACCGCUGAUGGGCAGCUGACGCGUGCGAGUAUAAUAGCUGCGUA